AUGGAUGAGGAAGAUAACUCUUGGGAAGAAGAGCAAUCCAUGCUUGAUGAAGAAAGCAGUUAUGGAGAUGAUCAAUGGUCCGACAAUGGCUCCAACACUGAUUUUGAAGAGGAUCCUUGUGAAGGAGAUCUUGAGCCAGUACCACCAGACCCUUACCAUGUUGAUAACCACUCCAGUGAUUGUUCUAGAAGAGAAGCUGGCCUAGAAGAAGGCUAUGAAAGUGGUUCAUGGCAGGAAGAGGCUGGAGUUGAAAACUGUCUAGAAAACAAAGAAGAGUGGGAGCAUGAAUCUGAUGAAGAAACUCAGCUCCAACUGGACGUCAAAGAGGAAUCAUGGGAGGCUCAAACCCAUCCUGAUUCUGAUCAAGAAAUAGAAGGGAGUUCUUGGCUGGAUGAAGAUGAAGCAAGGCAGCCCAGCCAUACGGAUGAGAUCCAUGGAUAUGAUCUAGGCGUGCCUGAAAAGGAGGAAGCCAUAAGUGAGGCCGAAAGAAAUGUUAAAGAAUCUCAAUUUGCCUUGGCUGAAGAGGAAGAACUUGAAAGUGAGGCCGGAAGAAAUGAGAACAACUUGAAAACCUGGUACCACAGUUACCAACUAUCAGAGGAGGAGGCUGAUGACGAAUCUAUUGAUACUUGGACUAGGAGUAAGAAGGCUGAUCACCCUCACAGCCCACAAGAGGUGGAACUGACCAUAGAAAAACCCACUAUCAAGCAAUCAAAGAGUUCACAGCCGAGUUCACUACAACUUCCAAAAGAGCCAGAAAUCCAUCCAAGGUCAAAAGGAACUUCAGAAAAUACAGAGAGCAAGGCCACAGUAGUCCAUAUCAAAGGAGGUCCACAGCCUGAAGAUGAAGCUAUGCAACAAGGUUUGCAAAAGCCACCAGCAUCAUCAAAUCAAAAUAUAUGGCAAGGAGAUGGGCGACCAAAAAAGUUUGAGAGGUUGAAAGAAAGCCAGGGACAGCACCUGACUUGUCCACAAAACGUUGAAGAAGAUGCAAGAAACAAUAAAAGCACACAAGCUACCAAAGAGCAAAUCAUUCUUCAACGAGCUGAAACCUUUUGGGAACAGAGGCCAAGGAUCCCAUAG